GGGCGGGGAAAAACGCGGCGGCACUUCCGGGAGCGGCGCGGCGGGGGACGAUGAGCUGGAUACCGUUCAAGAUCGGGCAGCCCAAGAAACAGAUUGUACCCAAGACGGUGGAGAGAGACUUUGAAAGGGAAUAUGGAAAGCUUCAGCAAUUGGAAGAUCAGACCAAAAAACUUCAGAAGGAUAUGAAGAAAAGCACAGAUGCGGACUUGGCCAUGUCCAAGUCGGCCGUCAAAAUCUCUUCGGACCUUCUGUCCAACCCCCUGUGCGAACAGGAGCCCGCCUUUCUGGAGAUGGUCACGGCCUUCGACACAGCGAUGAAGAGGAUGGACUCUUUCAACCAGGAGAAGGUGAAUCAGAUCCAGAAGACAGUCAUAGAGCCUUUGAAAAAGUUUAGCAGCGUUUUUCCCAGCUUGAACAUGGCGGUGAAGAGACGGGAGCAGACGCUGCAGGACUACAAGCGCCUGCAGUCCAAGGUGGAGAAAUACGAGGAGAAGGAGAGGACCGGCCCCGUCCUCGCCAAGUUACACCAGGCCCGUGAAGAGCUGAGGCCGGUGAAGGAGGACUUCGAAGCCAAAAACAAGCAGCUCCUGGAGGAAAUGCCCAAGUUUUACAGCAGCCGCAUCGAUUACUUCAAACCCAGCUUUGAGUCGCUGGUCCGGGCGCAGGUUGUCUACUACACGGAGAUGCACAAGAUUUUUGGGGACCUGACGGCGCAGAUCGACCGGCCCGGCUUGAGCGACGAGCAGCGGGAGCGGGAGAACGACGCCAAGCUGAGCGAGCUGCGGGCUUUGUCCAUCGUGGCCGACGACUGAGCGCCGCGGCGGCGGCGGCGGGGGGGUCGGUGAUGGGGAAGGGGCUGGGCAUCCCCCCCUGCCCCCCGGCUCCCGCAGCCAGGCCGCUCCCCACCUCCUCCCUCCCAGGGAUGGACUCGGGGGGCGGGGGGGCUUUAGCCGCUGGCAGCUCCCUUUGCCCCCGUGGCUUUGCCAUCCUGCCGGGACACGGUAUUGCCUGGGGGGGGCACAGCAGGGCUCACCGCCCCACAAGCCCGGUCGGGAUCGGGCCCAGGCUCCUUGCCUUUCUGGCAGGACGACUGAAUCGCUCCCCCGGCUGCUGCUGGACUGUUCAUUUUGUGCCUUAGGAGCCCAAUAUCCCCCCCACCUCCCCCGGGGGAGGGUAAAUCAUUCCAAUCCCGUUCUUUGGGGCGUCGGGAGCCGGGGAUGCAUCCCGCACGGAGCGUCAUGGGACGCCGCGCUCUCAAUGUGCCCUGUUUUAAGCAAGAAGGGCGCAAAGUGCCUCUGCCCCAUAGCUGGGAGGGUGCAUAUCGGGCUGGCGGGGGGGGGUGCA